AUGUUGAUGGAUCUGAUUCGAGGAAGCGGCAUCUUCGCCGGCAAAUCUCCCUACAAUGCGGCCGAUGUCCCAGACCAGACUGGCCGUGUGCACCUAGUGACUGGAGCCAACACCGGCAUUGGAUUUGUCACCGCCAAAGCUCUUGCGGCCAAGCACGCCAAGGUAUACCUCGCUUGUAGAAAUACGGAAAAGGGACAAGAAGCGAUUGAAAAGAUAAAAAAGGCGCAGGCAGAUGCUAAUGUGGUGCUGCUCAAGCUGGACUUGGGAAGCUUGGCCGCUGUCAAGGCUGCUGCCGAGGAGUUUCUGAGCAAGGAGACGAGAUUGGACGUGCUGAUCAGUGAGCGCGACACAUGUGGUGUCGCCUACGCUCCCGCUUCCUGAUCCUUGCCUCCCCCCACACAACAGACUCGGCUGGCGUGAUGACUCCGCCAAAAGGAAGCAAAACUUUGGACGGUUACGAGUUGACGUUUGGUGAGUCAUCGCAGUGCUUGGAAUCGCAAAGCGCAACGGAUGCUCAUGCGUAGCACGACUCUUGGUAAAGGCACCAACAAUAUUGGUCACCACGCCUUUACCCAGACGCUGCUACCCCUGAUCAAAAAGACUGCCGCAUCUUCUCCUCCCAACUCUGUGCGCAUCGUAUAUGUCAGCAGCGCUGCGCAUUGGAACAUGGCGCCCAAAAAGCUCGACUUUGAGGCGGUCAAGGAGCCCAACAUUACGAGACUCGCGCCCGGGCCCUUGUACGGUCAAAGGUGAGUGUGGGCCCAUGCUGACAAAGAAGCAUGCUAAGAGUGCUCGCAUGCUCCGCAGCAAAUUGGUCAACAUACAGCAAGCCAAGGUGCUGGCGCGCCAGCUCAAAGACGAUGGCGUCAUCGUCACUUCGCUGCAUCCAGGAAUCAUUGCGAGCGAUCUGUACAGGUACAUGGGACCCUUUCUCACAAUUUUCAUGUCCAGCGUCGAGCUGGGUGCGGUGACUCAGCUCUAUUGCGCCACUUCGCCUAAUGUCACCCUAGCCGACUCUGGAGAGUACUACGUUCCUUGGGCACGCAAGGUGAGCGGCCCGCUGGAGCGAGGCUUGGCCCUCGUCUGACCAAUCGCUAUUGCCUUCUUGCUCCCUCAACAGUUCAAGACGCAACAUGCUCUGGCAGACAAUGUCGAAGAGCAGCAAAAGGCUUGGGACUACCUCGAAAAGCAGGUUGGCGAUUUUUACUCCAAGCAUGCAGCCGAGCCAUCCACGAGUGCUGCACCCGCCCAGCCAGCUGUCUGA